UUUUUGCUUAUACCGGAAUGACAAUUUGCCUACCACUGUAAAAUAUAUUUUUAGGUGCUGUUUAAUCUGGUUUCAUCGUUUGUGUUACGUGUUAGUUCGGUCGUACAUAAUUGCUGAAAACUUGCGAGAACUUAUAAUUCUAAGUGACCUCAUUAUGGAGAAAGUGGACGCCGAAAAGGAUAAGCUCAGACUCGAGGCAGCGCGCUUGACAGAAAAGUAUUUCAGUGAUGAACUAAAUUUACCGAAAAAAAAGAAUCUUCCGGUGGUGAGGUCCUGGUCAACAAUAUUACAAAGUAUAAAUAAUAAACCUGUGACGAUCGUUAUUGGGACGACAGGUUGCGGCAAAACUACGCAGGUUCCACAACUAAUGCUGGAGGAGAAGCUCUUCAGGCAAGGUCAGUUUUGUCGUAUCGCCGUGACACAACCACGAAGAAUUGCUGCCAUCAGUGUAGCCGAGACUGUAUGCAGGGAACGUCACUGGAAAUGUGGGACGAUCUGUGGAUAUCAGGUGGGGAUGGACCGCUUCAUUUCGGAGGAUAGCUGCAUCCAAUAUAUGACAACAAAUGUCCUCGUAGAGAAGAUUAUUCAUAAAGGGAAUCUCGAGACAUUCACACAUAUCAUCGUUGAUGAAAUCCACGAGCGUCACCAGGAUCUUGACUGCUUACUGUACCUUCUGAAAUCACUCUCAGAUAAAAUGGAGAACGAAGGCAAAGUGGUGCCGAAGUUGAUUCUGAUGUCGGCCACUGCAGAGUGGACUAUUUACGCCAAUUACUUCAAUCUCUCGCGCGUCGACGUCGUUCACGUCUCAGGUGAAGUGCACAGAGUGCAAAAAAUAUAUUUGGAUGACCUUCCGCCUAAACUCAGCCAGGAAUUGCGGCCGCUGAUAGUAGUUGAUAAACUUCGCAAUGAAUCGGGCGAUUCGUCAAAGGAAUAUAUUAAGCCAGGUGCAAGUCGCGCCCAAUUUAGGGCGGUAACCCAAUUAAUAUCCUCAUUGAACGCUAGUGAGGAUGCUGAAGGAACAUCGAACAGAGGUGCAGUACUAAUAUUCCUGCCGGGUGUAUCGGACAUCAAAGCUAUGAUCAAAUGCUUUGAUGAAACAAGGGAGAACAGACUAUUGUUGCUAAUUGCUCUUCACAGCAAGGCACCUCUCGAUAAUCAGAACCGAAUAUUUCAGGAAGCACCAGCUGGCAAACGUAAGGUAAUUGUGGCCACAAAUAUUGCUGAAAGUUCAAUCACUGUGCCGGAUAUUCGUUACGUAAUAGAUUUUUGUCUAACGAAAAAUCAGGUUGUUGACCGAAAUUCCGGCUUUGCCUCCUAUCAAGUAGAAUUCUGCUCCCGUGCGAGCUGUGAUCAACGCGCUGGCCGGGCUGGUCGAGUCCAAAACGGUGUGGUAUAUCGUCUUCUUUCUCGGCACGAUUACGAAAUGUUACCCGAGUUCUCCGAACCAGAGAUUCUUCGCAGUCCUGUUGAUAUCACAGUUCUGAAGAUAAAGAAAUUUGGUUUGAAUAAACCAAAACAGGUUUUGGCAGGUUUCAUUAGUCCACCGAGAAGUGAGGAUGUCGGGCGGGCAAUUAUUAAGCUCAAAGAAGUGCAGGCGCUUCAAUUGGAACACGAGGGGAAGGUUGAUCUGGACGAUGGCGACUUAACCAUUAUGGGAAGAGUUAUGGCAAGUUUACCGUUAGACGUACGGUUAUCUAAACUUAUUCUUAUGGGUUUUGCUUUUGAUUGCUUCGAAGAAUGUGUGAAGAUGGCAGCCUGUAUGAGCGUGGAUGAUUUGCUAACACCGGUGGAUGACCCAAUGGAAAGGUAUAAGGGUAAGCUAGACUGGGCCGAGGGUCACUAUUCUGAUCCCCUGUUGUUGUUGAACGUGUUCGAUGAGUAUCUUACAUAUAAAGAAUCGUCAGGUCCAGCAUUUGGUACCUAUGCGUCCAAGGAAUGGGCCAGAAAAAGAGGUCUAGAAGCGCGUCGAUUAGCUGAAGCAUUUGCUCUCUAUGAAGAACUUAAGGAACGUCUACUGCGAAUAGGAUUUUCGAAGCCACAGGGACCUAACCGAAAACCACGAGAAUCAUCGACGCAUAACUUCUUAAUAAUGACUGCACUAUGCGGAGCUUUCUAUCCUCAUUACUACGUUCAAAAGGACAUCGACAGCGAUAAGGUUCUCUCUGAAGUAGGUUUUAAUAAUCCAUCAACGACAAUGGUUAUCAGAAACAUGGCACCUGAAUACGGGCAGCUGUAUUGCCAGGCAAUACGCAUAAGGCUACAAGAUUGCCUUAAUGACGAUGAAGUUGAAUUCCAUUUCAAGGGUUCGGAUGUCUAUUUAUUAUUCAAGAACCAUGAUAUUAAUCAAGUACCCCGUAGCAUGUAUUUGUGUCAAAAAUAUUAUCUACUACACAGAAGAUUAGAGUUGCCACGAAUUCACGAACCGGAGGCAAAACGCCUCCUAAAUCAAGUUGGGAGACCAAUGGAUGACAAAUCGGGUCAAUCUAAUGACGUAGGGGUAGUCGUUGUGUCUCGAGAGGUAGAACAGCUACCGAGGUUACAAAAGGCUUCGUGGCCUUUAAAAAGCCAUUUCAAAGGGACAAUAUCAUGGUGGAAUGAAGAAAACGCUUUUCAAGGAUAUCUUCAACUAGAAGAACGCAUGAAGCAGCUCAAAGAUAUAGUAACAGAGAUUCAUAAUGAGUUUGGCACGAGAAAAGCCUCACCCACCGUUGUAACUAAACCCCAAGUAGGAAUGAUUGUGUUAGCUGCUUAUCAAGGUAUCUUGUUUCGGAGUCGAAUCGUUACUAUUUCUUCAGACGGAAUCACCGUAUUUUUUAUUGACUACGGUAAUACAUCAAAGGUGGGGAUAAACCAAGUGUACGUACUGCCGCUAUCGAUGCUUCUAUGCAGCCAUGAAGCACCAUUCGCUUAUGAAUUUCAGUUAGCGAACGUUCAUUCGCUCGAUGGAAAGCCAGUAAAACCUACGGGAUUUCAAAAGCUACUGAUCAAUAAGCCGUGUCGUGUCGAACUUUACUCAAUAGUAGACAAUGUAUUCCGUGUUGACAUUUUCGUUGAGAGCGAUGAAGAAAUUCAUAUUAACGAACAACUACGCUACGAUCGAAUUGCUGUUUUUCUUGACGAACCUCAGAUUUCGUCCCAGAUCCAUGAACUCGAAGACCAUGGCGUAAAUUUUGCUAACUCGGACUGCUGUGUUAUAAAAGGCGAAGUUUACACAGAUCCAAAUCAAUGCAGUUCUGACAUUGAGAUUAUUGGAUCUCCUUGCUCCCCCCUUGCUAAAUCUUGCAGUCUUGAUACACUUAAAAGAAAUCAUCACGUUAAAGAUAUAUACGUCAAUGAACAGAGUGUCAAUCAAGUGAUGUUUGGCGAAAUUGGUGUACAACGACGUUUUAUUGUUGCUCACAGUGAACGGCUGUCUAGUGAUAAACGUCUCCAACUUCUUAGGACAACAUUGAUGCCGAAGCUAAAUAUGAUGCUGCCGUUUGUAGCACUUGUGUUCUCACCUAGAGCGGAAUACCGCUGCAGUGAUAACCAAACAGCGUAUAUUCGGGCUAUUUGUGGCCUUGGGGCGGUAGAGAACGAAGAUGGAAUCGUGGAGUCUGUUUGUCCUGAGAGCGACAUUGAUGUGCCCUUCUCGCACGAACUCGGUCGUACCGAUGUCAAAAUUAUUAAUCGCAUACGCAGUCUGCUUAACGAGGCAUUCUGUGGAAACAACCAGUUUCUUGAAUGGUCUUCACUGCCUAUUCUUCGCAUACAGGAUAAACUAGUCCAAGAAAUAUUAAAAUUCAUCAACAACAAGAAUAGACAAUGUCUAACUCCAGAUCUUAAGAAUGAACCAGAAUAUCGGUUCCAAUGGAGCAAGGCUUUCAAAAGAUACGAUGCGCAGGAUCACUCUAGUCGACGACAAGCAUUGUUCCGACCUCACUGCGCAGUUCCGAUAAGAACCAAACAGAUGUUUGAGUUGCUUACACAGACACAUGAUUUCAUGGAAGCAGCAAAAGGGGUCGAUCAAAUACAAAUCCUGAUGUGCCCUAUAUGUAUAAAGGUUUUCGGAAACCGCCGUGAUGCUCGUGAGCACAUGGCAAAGGAAGAACAUCGCAUUCAGUAUAAGAAGCUUAGAGGAAAGUCUGACUUCGAUGAAGAGUUAGGUGGGAAGGAAUCUACUCGUUUGGUGGUAGAAAAGGAGUCCGCGUCCGAAUAAAACUGAAGGAGAAAGCUGCUAUAAAGCAUAAGAUAUCACCUAUAAUAAAUAAUCCAAACAGUAAAAUUUUCACGAAGGGAAACGUCAGUGACGCAUUGCUACAGUGAGCAGGCGUUCAAAGGUGCCAGGGCCGUUGGAGGAGGAGGCCGUUGUAGCGCGCUGUCGUUAGGGAGGUAAUUAACCGAGAGAUGUUGUAACAUCAAACGUCAGACUCAAUGCCAUUCACGCACACGGCGUUGUGAGAGACGCAGCUACUAGCAAACACGUGAAUGAUAAAUAUAUAUGUACAGACGAGCAGCCACUCCCAACGUGAAAUAAUGCAUUCAUCGCGGCUCGAUUUUGAAACCUCAAGUGACAGUUCGUAUUUCCUAGGUUUACUAUAGGCAUAUAAUACAUUUUUGCCAUUUCAUCAUUGCUGUGCUACAAUGACUGGUAACAUAGAAUGCAACGUUAUGCAUCAGAUUAAUCAAUGGUGUUGGCGAUGACGCAAGGUGGUAUUAAGACCAUGGAAGUGUUCGCGAAGUGCGUCCGAGGCGUUUUUCAGUUCUUGUCCAACGGAGGACGCAAAAUAACGAAACAAAGAUUGAAACUGCGAGCAGGCUGAGGUCAGAAAGAUGGGGGAAUGCAAGGAAACAUGCCUUCUUAACUUUCUCAGCGUACUUUCUCUCUUAAUGCUUACGGAUUUGUACAUAUGGCAUAGCAAAAUGUGUCCUCUCGAUUAUUCUAGAAAAAGCGGUAUUAAGAAAUUUUGGUAUGAAACGGUCGAAAACCGUUUCGAGAUUCGGUUCACCCAUUUCCUCUAGUUAAAGUUGGUAUUUCGGCGUAAAAAGGCUAAAACCGAAUGCAGAAGUUUUUUAGUUUGAAUGACACUGAGAUUAAAAUUUUUCACGUGGAAUUCUAUAUACGGGAAGUAAUCUUAGGUACCAAAGCAAACGAUGAGCUGAAUCGGAGCACAAUACAUGUUCAUACACCUAAAUUUCAGUUUUUGGGUUGACAAUGUCAUUUGAAAGGUAAAAACUUCGUAUGGCGUUAUAUGUAAGGAUUUAUUUUGACGUCAGUCGAUAGAUCUAGACGAGAGUCGAUAGACCUGUAUCAAAAAUUUACAUUGUUCAGUGAAAAGUGCAAAAACUCUAUUGGUUGUGCUGGUUUGCAUAUCUAACGGUGGGGCGAAAAUGCGUUUCGGGUCGUUCCUUGACCGAAUUCCUAACAAAUAACAAUCGGAUAGCUUAAGCGGCGAAUUUAGAAAAUUUAUUUUCGUAGAAAUUUUCUUGUUUCAAUUUUUGGAAAGUGUCAAACGGAUAUAUGUAAAUUUUUAUAAACAAGAAAAAUUUUAAAAAGUGAAAAUGUGCUUAAGCCUUCGUAACGCCUUAGAGUCAAUACAUCAAUCGAAACAUAUUCUAGGUUAGCGUAUACAGCUACCUAUUGUCAAAAAAGCAAAAACAAAAACCCUUGUAGUAUCUUGGUGGUGGUUUGAUAAUCAAUGUAUAAAACAAAAGGUAUUCGUAGGAUUAAAUAUAUAUCCACAUUAUGACUUGAUUAACGAAUUUCAAAACGAAUCUGUAACUACUAAUAAAAAACGAUUAGAAGCAUUUAUGGUUUGGUGAGAAGAACAGAGUGAAUCUUAAUUUUAUGUCUAUGUUAUUAUUUUCUAUAGAAAAAUCCGUAAGCCUCGGUGAUGUCCCAGGAAUGAAAUCAAUAGAUUAAUCUAAUAACAUCUCGUACAAGUCGGCUAAAUUUAGUACGUUUCUCAGAGGUCGGCCAACCCUAUUCACGUACGUUCCGGAAGCAGAGUAAAUUAGCUGACACUAAAAAAACCUGUAAUCACUGAAUUGUAUCGAAAGGCAACAUAUCACAAGGAAGAUUUUUGGUUGAGAGUUGGUUGAGCCUUGACGAACACACAACAAACUACGAAAGUGACUACAGACAAGAAAAUUAUUAAUGUUAACUCGCCCUUUAGCUUAGAUAUCACCUAAAUCGGAUUAGUUGGAGCAGUCAACACAAAACAGGCGCGGGCUAAAGCCUGCGAGCCCUUCCAAUCUAUCUGUAUACAUUUACACACGUGCCUUUUUGGUUGUCUAUCUGACCCAAACCAACCUAUUAAAAUCGUGGGUUUGGACUGAUCUGGUGCAUCACUGGAGUACGAUCAUGGGUACAGCUGCGUGUAAGAAGAGCUGAUUAGACGAAUAAUUUUCUGCGGAGGUGCUUGUUUUAUUCAUCCUAUAGAGCUUAAUCCUAGUGUGGGCAAGUUAAUAGUUUUUGCGAUAUAAACCUUCGCAAAAUGGUUUUUUACAUUUUUUUGCAGGAAUUGUUAUAGAUGUCUACGAGAAAGGCGGUGUUUUGAGGGAAUUUUUGUUGAAAGUAAAUUUUUUACUAUACGAGUAGUAGCUGGAUGCCUGUGUAGAAUGUCUAAUUCUUGAUACUAAAAAGAAUAUUUUACCUUAUACCCGGAUCUCUUUCAUGUUGAAAAUGCGCCGAGAGGUGACAACUUAACAUGGAGUUCCAUGAAAGGGGGCUUCCUUGAGGCCAAUCGAUAAAUGUUAAUGAACUAAAUAAAAAUGCAGUACACGUUUCCAUACCUAAAAUUGAUGUUUUGGCGUGCAGACGGU